AUGGUCUCCCCACCCUACAACCGCAACCACGCUCUCUGGACAGGGAUGAAGCCCAGGCCCAGCUUUCAGAGCCAGGAGAGGGACCCCCGCUCGGGCGCGCCAGGCUUAGCGGCUGGAGAAGGGCUGGCGCCCGGCGCUGCGCGCUCCUUCACCUUCCAGGCGGCGCCGGACCGGAGCAGCGGCGGGGAGACGGCACCGCCGGCCGCCUAA